CUCACCGUACCCUACCUUGCCUUGCCUUGCCGUGCCGAGUGAGAGGGAGAGAGAGAAAGAGUUUGUGUGUGUGUAUGCCCUGCUUCAUCGGCUUGCCUCACCUCCCGCCUCCCGCCUCUCGCACCUACUCACUCUUAUUUCCCACUACUAGUACUGGGUGGGCAGAAGAGAGCACGGACCAGACACACCCCCCAACACUGACGUGCAACCAAGUCCGACUACUACCAAGCCGGCCCCCCCCUUCUCUCCAACCAACCAACCAAACCCGCAUUCAAUUGUCCUCGUCCUCGUUAUUCCAUUCUACGCGUGUGAAUGAACAACCAGGCCUACUCCUCGUCGUCCUCAUCAACACACCCUGGGGAACGGGACUCGGAACAAGGAACACGGGAUGUGGUAGCCCUGCCCUCACACUCAGAUCCUCAUCGGACUGAGUCCGCUUUUUCGCGACCAGGGACGAGGGAAGGAAAAAUAUCGCCUCCUUCCCCAUCCAAGCCCACAGUUCCUUACCAGGGUCGCAUCGUUACGAGCAUAGCGGCUUCAAUUGACCGCUGCCCACCUGUCGUUUUGUCGGUUUGAACCAAACAAUCUCCAUCGUGGCAGCGUGGCCCCCGCCCACUUCUCUGCAGCAGCAGCCCAGUGCAGCAGCAGCAGCAGCCGCAGCAACUCUCUCUCUGCCUCUCCCGACCGCCUCCAUUCGCCUCGACUCGACUCGUCUCGUCUCGUCCCUCUCGACACAGUCAGUCAGUCUCCAUCCCCAUGAGACGGGAGCACAAGGUUCCUGCUGGUCCGCGACCAGCAACUGGCAACCAAUCCUCGCCAACCCGGAGCAGGCAACCCAGCAGAGAAGUCCCCAGUCCCACCAAACGCCUCCACUCGAAACGCUCCUCCAUCACCGGCGCUCCAAUGCUCAGCGCUUCCUCUCAAAACAACCAUUCUCUGUUUUCCUUUGGCCGCAAUGCUACCGCCACCAGCCCUGUUCCGCUAGACCACGACCCAACACCCGCCCACAACGACUUUCUGCCCCAGGUCAGCUUCGAUGAUCUCCAGAGCAGCCUAGAAUCCGCCUCGGGCGACUUCACGUUGACCCAGUUUCCCUCCCCCACCGGCGAGGGCAGCAUUCUGGAGUCACAGGGACUGGCAGCGGCUACCAGCGUGCGGGACGACCCAAACGUCUCACAUAACGGCACAAUGACGCGCAUCGCCAUCCAGCACGCGAACCAGCAGCCUCAGGCCCCGGCUCAGACCCAGACCCAGACCCAGACCCAGACGCACACAGCGCGGUCACGCACAGGCUCCAUACUCAGGAGGCCCAGUGUGUCCAAUCGCCAGACCAGCGUCUCCUCAACUGCGUCAAACAUGUCAACGGCUAGCGAGAACCAGAGGGCCGGGGGCACCAUCCGCCCGCGGCGCCAGAGCCAAUACCCGCCAGUCUCAAACAGUCAUAUCCCAAAACACCAGCCGAGGAAAUCAAUCGGCCCCGGCGUUUUUGACGCCUCAGACUCGACCAACGGGCCCUCCGUGCGCCGGGUCCCUAGCCAGACGGCGAAUUUGGACCGGAAUGGGCUGGACUCUACACGGUCAUCAGUGGAUGGGACAAGUCAUGGCUACCCCGAUACCUCUCGCAACAUGACUGCAUCGAGGGCCGCAAAGCUCAAGACAAUUUCGCAGCCCCCGCCGCCACGCUCAGCUAACAUGAACGCGUCCGCGGACGGCAAUACCUUGUCGGUCGAUCAACAUAGAGCCUCCGCGGGAUUCCCGAGCUCCCCCAGGGGUAAUAAGCCGGGAUCUAGCACCCCAGGGUCGGGCUCAAGGCGGAUGUCGAUAAUGCCGGGCCAACAACCACAUGGCCUCCAUGCGUCCGGACUCGGUGCGAGAACCGUGAGCCCCACUGAUGCGCAACGAUUGAAAAGACUGUCCACCAUGCCCAAUUCCGCUAACAGCUCCAUGAUCUUGGAGCCCCUGCCUCCUCCGCCGCUGAACGAGCCUCGGCCGUCUUCACGAUCACCCUCGAUGCUCCCGCGAAAGACCGCGACCCCCUCCUCGCAAAGAACGACUCCCGAUCCCAACAGAAAGUCAUAUAGCUCCGGAAUGUCUAUCGGGUCAACAACGAGCUACAACACCGUGAGGACGUCGACGGGCUCACUGCAGCCUCGCGCUCCGCAGAACGGGGGAUCUCGUCUACCGGCGCCCAAGUCGGUGAACAACCUCCCGUCUUCGAGCCAGGAGGAGAGCGAAGAUGUGCCUCCGGUGCCUGCGAUCCCCAAAGCGUACGAGUCACCGAAGGACUCGCCUGCCGAGCUACACUUCUUGGACAAGAAGAAGUCCAACCUCACACUUGAUGCGAGUAGUAUUCGCAGCACGUCAACAGGAAGCCUUUCUGGGGCCCCUGUUCAGGAAGCAACGCCGGUGCAGCGCAAACCCAGUGCUCGGAGGAUGGCCACGAGAGCAAACCCGGAUCCCGAGAAGAAGGCUCAACCAACUCCACAAACCCAACCGGUGCAGCCCAGAAAGACCUUCAAGCCGAUGAACCUGCCGCCGCUCACAGUCGGGCCCUUGAGCACCCCGACCGUGAACAAGAUCGCCAAGCUACAGAAUGACCACCAAGGUCAGGCGCCGAGGAACAUCAGCUCCCCGCCAGCGCGGCAGACGGCAAAGACACCUACCACGCCAAUGACAGCGUCCAGGAGCACUUUCUUCUCCAAGCACCGGGCGGACAAGGAACUCUCCCACUUCCGAAGCAGCAGUUCCAUUCACCACGGCCGCAUAGAGAGCCCGCUGGUUCCCGAAACUAGCAGCUCGGAAUCGAUCAACGGCAGUAUGAGGAAACCCUCAGUCUCUCCCUACCUUUCCUCCUCCGUCCCCCAAGAUGGGGCCAUCGAACAAGCAUACUUCAAGAGGUCCCAGACCGGCACUGAAAUUCGCGACGCAGAAGAAACUACAAACAACCCCGCCAUUGCCCAGUCAAAGCCAUCAGGGCCUCGAGCUCAAAGACAACCGUCCAAGUCUAUUUCGAAACCCACCAUCAAGGCGACCCCGAAGUCGCCCACACAGCAGUCUAGCCCCGAGGAACCUGCUACUCCCUCUUCGAUGACCACUCUGCGUAGAAAGUUGAGCCUGUCCUGGAAGCGCAGCAAUUCGAAGGCUGCCACCCACGGUCAAGAGAAGUCGGCUGACAACGCCAAACACGACGCGAUGCCCCCACCUCGACUUCCGAUCUCAGCUACAACAGGGAAUAUGACGCACAAGUCCGGGAGCCCAAGUAUAUCCUCGAAACCGAGCACAUCUUAUCUCGAUUCGAAGAGGCGAAAGAGUUCUGGGUCGAGCCUCAACACUGUUAUGGCUCAUGAAAGAAAGCGGAGCGAUGCUACGCAGGCUACGACGGUCAGGACGGUCAAGAACACUGCUGACGGUGCAGCGAACCGCCCAAGCGGUGUGUCACACUCCUCCUCAGUUAUGCAUAAGUUCCUCAGGUCCAAGCCCUCGUCGACAUCGGUCCGACAUGCGGACGUCUGGACUGCCGACCUGGACAAGGAUGAUUUGGUGGCAGAGGAGGAAAUGAAGAAGCUAGGCACCCGGAGAAAGGAGACGGAACUUGCCGCCAAGACUUUGGAUGCUCUGCGAAAGCGCGCCACGCCGAAGGAGCGCGUCAGCCCACAGGACGCCAUCCGGAUAGCGAUGUUGAACAUUUACGAACGAGGCGAGAUCAUCGAUUACAACGACAUCUACUUCUGUGGCACGCAAAAUGCUCAGAAGGUCAUUGGAGACCUCAACUCAGAUGUGCCAAACUUUGGCUAUGAUGACGAACGCGGUGAUUACACCAUCGUGACAGGAGAUCACCUAUCCUACCGCUACGAGAUUAUCGAUGUUCUUGGAAAGGGAAGCUUUGGUCAGGUCGUGAGGUGCAUAGAUCACAAAACGGGUGCUCUUGUUGCCGUGAAGAUAAUCAGGAACAAGAAGCGGUUCCACCAGCAAGCUCUUGUCGAAGUCAAUAUUCUACAAAAGCUUCGUGAAUGGGACCCGCACAACAAGCACAGCAUGGUCAACUUCACACACAGCUUCUACUUCCGUGGGCAUCUCUGCAUUUCCACAGAGCUUUUGGAUAUGAAUCUUUACGAGUUCAUCAAGGCGAAUGCCUUCCGCGGCUUCUCCUUGAAGAUGAUCAGACGUUUUACGAAGCAGAUGCUCAGCUCCCUGAACCUUCUGAAGCAGCAGAAGGUCAUUCACUGUGAUCUCAAGCCCGAAAAUAUCCUCUUGCGCCAUCCCUUGCAUACGGAGAUCAAGGUUAUCGAUUUCGGAUCGAGUUGCUUCGAGAACGAGAAAGUUUACACGUACAUCCAGUCCCGGUUCUAUCGAUCGCCAGAGGUCAUUUUGGGCAUGUCUUACGGGAUGCCCAUUGACAUGUGGAGUCUGGGCUGUAUUUUGGCCGAGCUUCUGACUGGUGUUCCGAUCUUCCCGGGCGAGAAUGAGCAGGAGCAACUGGCUUGCAUCAUGGAGGUGUUCGGCCCGCCAGAGAAGCACCUCAUUGAAAAGAGCACGCGCAAGAAGCUUUUCUUUGACUCGAUGGGCAAACCCCGUCUCACAGUCUCAUCCAAGGGCAGAAGAAGACGGCCGUCAUCAAAGACGCUGCAGCAGGUGCUGAAGUGUGACGACGAGCCGUUCCUCGACUUCCUCGCCAGAUGUCUGAGGUGGGACCCAGACCGACGAAUGAAGCCUGACGAGGCCAUCCGCCACGAAUUUAUUACCGGCCAGAAAACUUCUGUCCCCGUUGCACGAGUUAUGAACCGCGAACAGUCCCCGAUCAAGCGCCACAACACGAUAUCCACCCCACGGCCACUUCCUGAGCCUCCAGCAGCAGCCACCGCGAUGAGAGUCAGUUCCAGCAUACGCCCCAAGGAUGCGACAACCAUCCUUGGCUCCCCUGCGAAACCAACAACCGCGACCGUGCCGGGCUCUAGGAGAACGUCGGGUGCGAUUGGUGUUCCUCCCAAGCGGACCAGCACGGGCACGACCGGCCCUAGCAGUGGACCCUUGGGCAGCAAUCUUCCACGCGCUGCAGGACGUACUGUUAGUGCCAAGCAGGAUCUCGCGAGCGCGGGGGCCACAGCUGCCAUGAGCCGGAGGACUGGGGUCUGAGUGUGUGUCCCUGAGGACCUCGUGGAGCACACUCGCGAAGAGCUGGCGUUGGGGAUACUACGAAAUUCAUGGAACACGGGUCUCGUUGUAAGAUGAGCGUGACCGGUGGGAAGCGCGUACCGGCCGGGUUCGGCCCUGUUUUCUAUAUAUGGUGUGUGGGUGACUGUUGGAAGUACAGGAAUGGAAUCAGGCAGGCACCGGCGUUCAACAGCAAGGAAAAGGGCGUCGGCCCCAUCCCAUCUGGAGUAUCAUUCACGUUUGUCUCCUCCGUGCCUGGAGAGAGACUAUGUAGGGUUCCUUGGGUGGGCACUCUUCCAACUUUUUUUUCUCGUUGUUUAUAUGGCAUACCCGCUAUGCAUCACAUUACUACACUAUCGCCAACCUCUUCUUCUUUUUUUUACGUCGACCGAAUCUUUGCCGCACCCUGCCUUUUGAGUGGUGCUGCGUAUAGGCACUCCAAGGGCCAUUCAUCCCGGAGGGCAGACAGGCCAGCGCUAGAGUCAAGCUGGUCGGCGGGGCGAAGAAGACAGGCGGGCGGUAUAGGGCGCAAGGCAGGUCAACAAACCACGGCAUCAUACAUUUGCGGGGAUUCAUUAUGUUUGGGCGAGCGAGAUCAGACUAGGGAAAGAAAGAGAG